AUGUUAAAAAUUAUUGAAUCAGGAAUUAAAAAAGCCCAAAAAGUGAAAGAGUUCAAAGAGAUGCAAAGGCUUAAAGAGUUAAAUGACUCUAUUCAUGAAGAACUUGAUUUUCAUGAAAUGGUUAGGAAGAUGAGAGUAGAUUUAAUAAUUAUAAUUGUGGAAAUGGCUCUAUUGGAAAAAGACCAGAUUGAAAGUUUAAGAGAAAAGUUAAAACUUGUUUAUGAUGAAAGACCUAAAGAUUUAACGAUGAGAAUUUUGUAUUAUAAUUAUAAUAAAAUUCAAGAAUUAACAGGAGAUGAUUUGAUAAACCUGUUACAAGAUGAAAAUAAGUUUCAGAUGUUUUACGAUAGUUCAAUGAUUAAAAAAAAACAUUCUCAAUUAGAAAUUGGAUUUGUUUAUAAAAGAAUUAAAGAAAUAAAAACAACUGUUAAAUCAAAAAUUGGAUUAAUUCACUUUUGUUAUUCAAAUUCAGUAUGUGAACAACCUCAUCAAAUGUUGAAUGAUCAAUACGAUUAUUAUUGUUUAAUGUUUAAUGAUGUACAUCAUCCAUAUCGUUCAAUUCCUUUUGUAAAAAAUUUCUUUGCUUCUCCUCCAUUUUUAAAUUCAAUGUUUUCACGUUGUUUUUCAGACGAAUGUUCUUCGAGGCAUUGCCAUUUUAUUAAUGGGAAUUAUGAAUGGUCAACAACCAAAAAAAAACCAAAGUUUGAAGAGUGUGAAUGUCAUCAUGGUAUUUUUGUUGAUCUUCAGCAAAAUGAAACAGAGAGUCCAGAAUUCGAGAUGUGUCCAGAAUUUGGGAUGUGUCAUUCUGGAGAAAUUAAUAUGGCAGACGUUCCUUUUGGAGUUGGUUCUGUGAGAAUUGCCUUUCAUGGAUUUGAUAUGGAUAAAAAGGAAAUUAUCAUCAAACAAUUUAAAACCAAAAAUAUGAUGGGAUUUGAGAGUUAUGUUGAUAUGGUUGCUAUGCACCUUCAAUGUCAAUAUGUUAGUAGUUUAUUUGAGUCUUAUAUCAGUUUAUUAAAAGAAGGAAAAACAGUUGAAGAAAUUACAAUGUUGGAUAUUCGUACAAGAAAAGAAGAGCUAGAUUCAAAUGAAAACAGAAAAAAAGAAAAUGAACAAAAAAAAGGAAAUGAACUUGACUCUAUUAAGCGAGUUUCUUUUAUUCCUUUAAAAUUAUUUAUUGAAACUCCAAGAACAUCUUCACUCAGAAGAAAAUUCUUUGAUUCAAAAAAAAUCAGUAUUAAUGAAAUUGAAAAAAUGGCAGUAGACAAAACAAUAUGGUUUAUCGAACAACCGUUAGUUGGAAAUUUUGAAAAGUACAAUUCAAAUAACUCAGAUGUUAAUUAUUGUAACUAUAGUUAUACCAUGCAGUGUUUCUCUCAUUUUUCUUACUUUAUUUCAAAAAAGUCUUUCAUUAUCACUGAUCUUCAAGGUAUAUUUAAUAAAGAAAAGAAUUUAUAUGAACUGACAGACCCAGCAAUUCAUCAUCAAUUUUUGUCCCCUUAUUUCUUUGCAUUUACUAAUCUUGGGAAUACAGGAAUAAAUCAAUUUUUUAUAACCCACAAAUGUAAUAAGUACUGUACAACAUUACAAUUACCUCCUCAUCCUUUCCAACCAACUGAGCUCUAUAAAUAA